CGAAUUGUGCGAAGCUUAAAAAAAAUCAAAAUAAAAAAGAUUAACUUAUAAGUAAAAAAAAAUAAUUUUUUUUUAAAUAAAAUAAAAUAGAAAUUUAAUAAUUUUUUUGUGUGCCAAAUGUUCAGAAAACGUAGUGAGUUCUUCUAGUGCAAAGCAUGUCAACAGAUAAUCCCACACAGCUGCUAACAACGCACGAUUUGAGUCAAUUGCGGGGACAACUGCAAACGGCGGCAGCCACAACAAGCGCCGUGGUGGCAGCAGCGGCAGCUGCCGCUCACGGUUAUCGUAGCGUAGGUGGGACAACGGCCGCCGCAUCGCCAUCGAACGGACACGGACACGGCCACAUGAAUUCCGGCUCAAAGUACGUAUUCCUGCAGCAUAACGGCGGCAGCUUUACGGCGUACGAGAGCAGCGCAGCCGCAGCGGCAGCGGCAGCACAAGCUGGCAAUGCCACAGGUAGCGGCGGCGCUGCUUCUGCUGCAGGUGGCAACAUUGUGCUGCUUGCCACAGAGCCGAUGGAGUUGAGCGCAGCGGAUGCUUUGGCCACCGCAGCUGCAGCGGCUGAUGAUGGGGAGCUGCGUUCCUUAUCCUGGCUCAAUGAUACCAAUCUGAUCAAAGGUAUUGUGACCACAACAACAACAACGGCAGCAGCAGCAGUCGCUGCCGCAGCGGCAGUGCACGCGAAACGCGGUGGCGCUGCAGUUUCGCUGAAAACGUCACCAACAACAACAAUAGCAGCGGCAGCAACAACAACAACAACAACAGCAACAGCAGCAACAACAGCGCCCAACAACAUUUGCCUAGUGAGCGACAUAAUCGAAGAGCUGCCCCAUGGAGGAGAUGCCCACGAGCAGCAGCAGCAGUCACCCGCCGUAUACAGCACCACAACGGUGCACAAGGGACCCAGCGGCACCACCACCGUUGUGGAGUACAAAGCAGCCACCAAACCGAAUGCCGCCGGUGGUGCUGUUGCCGGCGGCGUUGCCUUUUUGCCGCGUGUGGCGAGCAGCUCGUUCAUGCCCACAACAACAGCAACUGUCAAGCAGCAACAGCAGCAGCAGCAGCAGAUUUUUGUGAACAGCAAUGGCACGAGUGCAACAGCUGCUGUCGCCACCUACAAAUCUACUGGGAACACUACAACGCAUCAUCCGCACAAAAAGUAUCUGCGCGAGAAGAUGAAUGUGCAUGUGGAACACACCAACAAUGCCACAACCACCAACAACAACAGCCAUGUGGUGGCAUCGACGGUAACUGUGGUCAGUUCGCCCGCCUCCUCAAACAACUCAACAGUCAGCUCGUGCUCCGCAUCUGGUUCAUCCACGGCGGCCGUCAAUGGUGGCAGUAGUCCGGUGCCGAAGUCCAGCAGCUUUAACGCGGUCUUCGAUGCCGUCAACUACUCAACGCCCAGCAGUAGCAGCAGCACCACCACCACCACCGUCAACACCAGCGAACAUCACACAACGUCACCAACUGUGGUUAGCACCACAACGUUGCCGCCGGGCUACAGUUACGUUAGUGCACCGCAUGUCAUCUCACAACAGCCCGCCAAUAUAUCCUCACCGGAGACGCCGCCAGGUGCGGCGCUAUUGCCGCCUGGAACUUACUACAGUGCGGUGCAGUCGCGUUCGGGUGCGCUGCAGCUGUCGGUGACUCCGCCGCCACCGCCCAUGACGCCAACAACAGUUCACAAUGGCUCCGGUUCCGGUUCCGUUUCGGGUUCGGGUUCCGCCUCUGGCGUUGUGAAUCUGCGCAGCCCCAAUAGCUACGCCAGUUUCGAUAACGAGGAUUCGCUAAAGGAGUUCGAUAUGGCGCGCAUACACACCAGUACGCCCCAGUAUCAAUCUAUGACCAAAAACAACAACAACACCAGCAACAGCAACAAUAACCAUAAUAAUAAUAGCAACAGCAACAACAACAACAACAACAACAACAACAACAACAACAACAACAACAACAACAGCAACAACAACAGCAACAACAACAACAACAACAACAACAACAACAAUUCAUCCACUUACGGGAGCUCCGGCGCUGGCAACAACAACAACAACAGCAACAACACGCCCCAAAAGCAAAAGCAUCCCAACAAUGUGCCAUAUGAUCCAUUUGUGCAUACCAACAACAAGCCGCCAUAUAGUUUUAGUUCCUUGAUCUUCAUGGCCAUUGAGGACUCGACUGAGAAGGCGCUGCCCGUUAAGGAGAUUUAUGCUUGGAUCGUGCAGCACUUUCCCUACUUUAAGUCGGCACCGAAUGGCUGGAAGAACAGCGUGCGGCAUAAUCUGUCCCUCAACAAGAGUUUUGUCAAAGUGGAGAAGGCUCCGAAUAUGGGCAAGGGCUCGCUGUGGCGCGUCGAGCCGCAACAGCGUCAAAAUCUCAUGCAGGCCCUCAACCGUUCCCCCUACUUCCCCAAUUCGGCCGUCGACAAAAUUAGCCCAAUGCUUAAGAGUCCCAAUGGCAAUGGCGCCGCCAGCGUGGGCAUCGUUGGCUACGAUAGCUUGGAUGGCAACGCGAAUGUUCCGCCGGCGCCCACAACGCCCGCGAAAACCAACGGGGUGCUGGCCAAUGGCAAUGGCGGCAGUCAGCCGGCCACGCCGAAUGGCGGCACUGGGGCCGCUGCUUCUGCUGGCAGUCAUGCCCGCUUCGAUCCCAAGCUAUUUCCCAAUCUGUCUAAGGCAUUUCGCAAUAUUGAGGAGCCUUCGCUGCCGCCGCAAUUCAUGGGUGAUGCUCUGGAUGAGGAGCUGCCUGGCGAUUAUGUGACCAAUAACAACAAUAAUAAUAUUAGCAACAACAACAACAACAACAACAAUCAUAGCAACAACAAUAACAAUAACAAUAACAACAAUAACAAGUACAACUCUGCCGUUGCGAAUGGAACUGGCAACGGAACUGGCUCCGCAUCAGCCGUUCCAGUCUGUGCCUACAAUUUCGAGCGGCUGGCACGCGACUGCGGCGCCGAUAGCAUCGACGAUGUCCAUGCAGCAGCGGCGAUGCUUUUCCUUAAACAUGGAUCAAAAGCCUUCAGUGAAACCUUUCAAAAUGGCGCACCGGUGAUAACCAGUUCGCCCAGCGAGGAUCACACCUACUCGGCGGGCGGCAAUAGCAAUGCGGAUAGCGGCGCCUCAACGCCGCUGACCAAUGGCAAUGGCCAGGCCGUCCAGCAGACGCAGGCCAGUGUUGGCCAUGGUGCCGACAGCAAUUGCGCCAGUUCCGAUGCGGCCUACGACAGCAGCGAGGAGAAUCAUAAUAUAACGCCCGAGGAGCUGGCCGAUCAGCAGCGACAUCGUGACGGUGUCGAUGCCUUGCUCUCACUAUCGCGCUCCUCCAUUGUUGAGUGCGGCUCGUCGACGACCACGACGCACUAUCAUAGCAACGGUAGUAGCGGCAGCAGUCACGGCUCACCGCAUAAGCGUGCCUCCAGUCGCAGCAUUGAGGAGGAGAAAUGGCAGCAUCUGGAGCUGCAGUAUCAGCAUCAGCAGCCGCAUCAUCAUCACCAUCCUCAUCACCAUCAUCAUCAGCAGCAGCAGCAGCAGCAACAGCAGCAGCAGAGCACCGGCGUCUAUACCAAUGGCAGCGGCAGCAAAAUGGCGCUGCUUAGCAGCGCUGCUGCCAAUGUGGCCGCCGCUGGAGCGCUCGUCCAGCAGCAACAGCAGCAAAGGCCGCUCUACGAGGAGCUGUACAGCGCAAAUGUCACCGGGAGCAAUUCGGUGUCCAACUUGUAUAUGCCGGCCGUCAGCUGUCUACCAGCUGGAGGCGUUGCGGCGGCUGGCAACGGGCAGUCCAUGCUGUCGCUCAGCGCUGUGGCAACCAAGAGCAAAGUGAAGCCCUUGCGGGGAUUGCGCACCAAGAUCAAGAGGAAGGCCGCCUGGAUGCGGUGAAUAUGGCGCAAAGCUGGCGGCAGACAGUAGACACUUGUAGGUCUGACUGUUUGUUAAACUGGCACACACACACACACACACACACACACAC